GUCAGUUAUCACAGCAGAUCGGUGAUGAACGGGCCUGUGAGUUGUAUGGCAGAUAAGCCGGUGUGGGAGAGACCAUGGAGCCUGGAGGAGAUCAGGAAGAGCAGCCAUAGCUGGUCACUGGGGGCCGAUGCCGGGCUCUUGAAUUUUCUUAAGGAAUUCUCCCAGCAAACUAUAUCAAAAACGCACGAGAUUGAGAAGCAGUUGGAUGGACUGGUUCAUGAAGUAAAAAGCACUGACUGCAGACUACACAAUGUCUUCAAUGAUUUCCUUAUGUUAUCGAACACGCAGUUCAUUGAAAAUCGAGUGUAUGAUGAAGAGGUUGAAGAACAUAUCGUAAAGCCUGAGCAGGGAGAGAAGCCUGAACAAGAGAAGACCAGAGAACAGAAGGAAGCCGAAUUGAUUCCGAAAAUCCAGGAAGCUGUGAAUUAUGGACUACGAGUACUGGAAACUGCAUUUGAACAGCUAGAUAUCAAGGCAGGAAAUUCUGAUUCUGAAGAUGAGGAAGUAAAUGAAAGGGUUGACACUAUUCUGGAGCCAAAGGAUCUUUACAUAGAUCGGCCACUGCCUUAUUUAAUUGGAUCACAAUUGUUUAUGCAGCAAGAGGACGUUGGCCUUGGAGACCUGUCAAGUGAAGGUUCUGUAGAUAAUGACAGAGGAAGCGUUAUUGAUAGUGAAGAGGAGGAGGAUGAAGAAGAAGAUAAAGAUAAUGAAGAGUCUGAAGAGGAUUUCGGCAACAACUCCGAAGAAGAGAAAAAAAUGCAUACAGCCCUGAGUGAUGAGGAUGAAGAUAAUGGAUCAGACCUGUUUGGAGAAUCAGAUAAAGAAGAUGAGGAGGAGGAGAAUGAUAAAUCUGCAAAGACUAGAACAAAAUCUUUUGCUGAUGAACUGGCAGCCCGAAUACAAGCAGAAAUUCCAAAAAGACUGGAGGCAGAUGAGCCAUCUAUAUCCUCAGAAAUCAAAGUCAAGAAAGAAAAAGUGAAAAAAGAAGUUAAAAAGCUUCCAUCUGAUGAUGAAGAGGAUGACAUGUUCAAACCACCCAAACUUACUGAUCAAGAUUUCUUUGGCAAUAAAGGAGGUCUCUUCAGUGGAGGAAAGGGACUUUUUGACGAUGAUGAUGAAGAAGAAGAGGCUGCUCUUUUCUCUGACCUCCAAACCAAGGAACACAAACCAGCAGAGCCAGCACCUGUGGCCAGGCCAGAAACGUUGCGUCCUGAUGUGAAAAAGAAGCCACCAUAUGGAGGGGUUUCCCUUUUCCCAGGAGGAGAGAAUGUGAUCAAUCCCUCUAUCUUGGCAGACAAGGAAAAAAGAAAGCCUGCUACUCCUACGGAUGUUGCUCCAAAGCCUGUGAUGAACACAAGUCUGUUUGAUGAUGAUGUGAUGUUUGGUGGAUCACCUCCAGCCCAGCCUGCAGCUAAAGCCAAACCAGCUGCCGAUCUAUUUGUAGAUGAUGGUGACUUAUUUAAUGACAACCCUUCUAUGCCUCCUGCUACAAUUACCAAAAAUAAAGUGGCUGCAGACCUGGACAAAAAGACUAUACAGAUGCCUACUGAAAAACCUCAACCACCUGGACCAUUAAGCAAAAAGCAUAUCAAGGGUCUGUUCUCUGAUGAGGAUGAUUCAGAGUCAGAUUUGUUUUCACCAAGUCAAGGUGCCAGCAAACCUAUAGCAGCAGCAGUAUCAGCAGCCCCAGCAACUAAGACCAGUAAAGCCUUGUCUCUUUUUGAUGAUGAAUAUGAGGACUUGUUUGGUGCUGCACCACAACAUAAGCCAAUGCCUGCCGCUACAAAACCAGUUCCGCAACCCGUAUUACCUGCAGUCUCAAAAUCCCAAAAGUCUAUUCUGUUCAGCAGUGAUGAAGAGGAGCCAGUAAAAGUCUCUCAUGACAUUAAACCAGCUGAUAAGAACAAGACAGACUCCUCGGUUCCACCAAAGUCAAAGGAGGAGGAAAAAACUGAGAAGAAAUCCAGCUUAUUUCAUGCCAACGAGGAAGAUGAUCUGUUUGAUAUUACAAAAGACAGCCAGAAGAAGCAUCAUCGGGUUUCUCUGUUGUUUGAGGAAGACGAAGAGCCUUUAUUUUCCCCAGCAGGGAGCUCCACCAAAGCCACAGGCCAAACUUUGGAACAAGCAAAGACGACGGUGCCUGGAAAAGUCGACACAGAGAAGUCAUCGUUGUUUGGCGUAGAUAAAAAACCCGAAUCCAAGGCUCCUGUUACUGUAGAGGAUACAGCACCACCUGCAGUUCAGAAGAAUAUUAUGGAAAAAUCUGUUUCUGUGAAAGAGUCAGAUGAUUUGUUUGCAGCUUCACCACCAACUCUUAAACAUACAAAGACUAAGAGCACUAAUGUGCUGAGUCUUUUCGGAGACGGGGAUGAUGAAGAUAUGGAAAAUUUGCGGUCGGCCAGUGCUUCUCCAAAGGAUUCAGAAAGGGUCUCUAUUGAGAAAGGCACACAGGCAAGAAGUACACGUGUGUUCCAAGACGAGGAACUUCUCUUCAGUCAUGAGCUUCAAAAAGAUAAUGAUCCAGACGUAGACCUCUUUGCCAGCAGUAGUAAGAAAGCUGAACUAAGUGCCGUUAAACCAUCGGAUGGAUUAGGAUUGUUUGGAGAGGAGGAUGAAGAUGAUCUCUUUAGUGCUGCUAAGCCCAAGAAGCCUCCAAAUACUUUUGUCAAAAAACCCAGUUUGGAACCAUCCAAAGAACCCAGCAGCUUGAACGUAGCAAAGAAGGAAACAAUAAUAAAGACAGAAGGUGGAGAGGUACAGAAACCCACAAAGCCAGCACCCAUUAAAUCUAAAAGUCCCUCUCGAAUUGGUCAACUACAAGCAAAAUUGCUCAUCAAUCCAGCGGCAUUGUUACCAGGUGCAGUUCCCAAGCUGUCAGGUUUCAGGAAUGUUAUUCCAGAGGCAGAUAUUUCUGAUUUUCCAGUUGCGGAGAGCAGUCGAAGCUUGGAUGUUGCCACGAAGAGCGGGGAAGGAGUAAGCUUUGAAACCCCUGUACAGGUGGACACUCUCCAUAAUGCUAACAAGUCUCGUGCCAAAGUUGGUGGAAAGAGGAGACCUCCUACAAGAAUGGGCAGAAAGCAUGCAUCUCAAGAUACUGGUGAAGUCGGAGACAUUAGCGAUUCAUCCCCAAUAUCUCCCCCACAAGAUACAUCAUCUAAAGCUGCACUUCCUCAGUCUAACUGGCAACCAGAUAAAGAGGAGCCCAUUUCCAGCAUGAAGCUAUCAUUCUCUGAGAAUGAUGUACAGUCCAGAACAAAACCAAAAGCUCCUGUAAAUCCGCUCACUCCUGAUGUUAAUGUUUUGUUUGGUUCUGAUCUCUUUGGCAGUAAUUCAUUACCUGAUCCAGGUACUUCCAGGCAGAAAGGAAAGCUUCCUGUGAAUGAAGCUUCCAGCCAGCCCGGGAAAGAGGGAAAUAAAUCUUUAGCUUCAGUGAUUGAUGCUGAUGGCAGUGAUGAUGACCUCUUUAAAUCAGUAAAGGAAAAACACAAGAAAACAUUCCAACCCACAUCUAUGCUAGACAAUGAACCUGAUGAUGAUCUCUUUGGAGCUCAAAAAUCUCAGAAGAAAGUAGAUCCUGUUCAGGAUCCUGUUCCACCCAAAGUCACUAAGACUGCAGCUGAUAUAUUUGAGGAUGAUAUAUUUGCAGCAGAAGCCAUUAAAUCAGUGAAAAAGCCAAAAGAGAAGACAGCAUCUGAAGCAAAUAUGUUUGAUGAUCAUUCAGAUAUUUUUGCUGAUCUCACACACAAACCUAAGGAGAAGAAAUCUAAAAAGAAAGUGGAAGCCAAGUCCAUAUUUGAUGAUGAUAUGGAUGAUAUAUUUUCGACCUCUGCCUCCAGCACAAAGAAAAGUAAACCAAAAGCCAAGUCCACUCCUCCAACAUCCGACACCAAGCAGGACACUAAAGUUUCCUCCAUGUUUGACGAUCCAUUAAAUGUUCUGGGUAAAUGAAGAACUACCCUUGCAGAGAGGCUGUUUGCUCAGUCUCAUGUUCAGGCUUAUCAUACAAUACAUAUUAACAGUAGUCAAUAUUGUACAUACAAGCUGAAGCAGCAUAACAUACCUGUUCUAUUUCUUUUGAAGCACUUAUAUGUCUGUGCCAAACAUUCAUGCCUUGUUAAAGCUACUUGACAGGGGCUCUAAAAUGACAGGAUACUGCAAGACUGGCUGGUACAGAAACAUCUCUUCUGAAGACAUUCCACUGCCUAUGUGCUCUGUAGAGUUUACCUUAGAUGCACCGAUACUUUAGCAAAAUGUAUAUUAUUGUAUUAGUGACCCAGUUGGAUUUUAUACCACCGAGAGCAGUUUACUUGUUUCUGAUGUGCUGUCACAGCAGGACAGCCUCUUUGUUCUCUUGUAUGUCCGUUGUUUUGAAAUGACUGCGGUUAAAAAUAUGCGGCAAAACUUUUAUGGAUAAAGUUGGAAACUGGACAACAUUGAUGACUCGAGAACAGAAUGGUUACAUUAGAUCACUUAGGCAGUCAGCCAUAGCUGAAGUUUAAUCUGCUUAUAUUUUGCUUUCCCUGGUUCCUCCUUUCCCCCUUAUCAACAUGCUAGUAAAAUCUUUUAAU